GUUAUCGUGUCUGCAUGGACUGCACUUGUGGUGGCAUUAGAAUGCUGAAAAAAAUCCUAAAAAAGUGGCGAGGCAUUUUUUUCGAGGAAGGGUUGAAAUUUGACACCAGGUCUCUUUCUUUCUGCCGAGUCCUCGCCUGUGGACGUUUUGUCGAGAGUUACAGCGAGCUUUAGCCUCACCAUCGCGGAAAGCGAGCGAACUCUUUUGAUCUGCUUUCGAACUCCUGUUUGAAACGCGUUUGAAGUUGUUGUUUUUUCUUUGAUGUUUUUAGAGUGUGUGUGAAACCGUUAGGGCGCAGAAGUACCGCGCGCUGAGGUUUUCUUUCUCAGCACAGCCGUCUACGUCUCAGUCUAAAGGAGGAGCGCCACAUCUGUGAACUCCUGGGGAAUCCGCUGGAACGGGAGGAAAGACGGACAAACAUCCGUCUCUGUUCUUUGUGUUUCGUCCUUUUCCCCGUUUUUUGUUUGUUUGUUUUUCUCUUUUCGCGGGACGCACCGGGGAGAAUGUAAAAUCGGUUUGUUUUACUGAGGAGUGAUUGUUUUUGCCAACUGAGACUAAGGAUGUCGAGCUCUGGGAAGAAUGUGCUCCCUGUACUGGUUGUUUUGGGGAUUUUGCUUUGCACCAGCAAUGGUGUGGCACAGGGUCAGGAAGAGGACCAGGAGAGGUCUUGUCAAGGUGCCUUCGACCUGUAUUUUGUCCUUGACAAGUCAGGAAGUGUUAAACACCACUGGCAUGAGAUCUACUCAUUUGUCGAGAGUUUGGCUGAGAAGUUCAUCAGCCCCUUGCUUCGAAUGUCCUUCAUCGUGUUUUCGAGCAGAGGAAACACAAUAAUGAAGCUGACCGAAAACAGGGAGCACAUAACCAAAGGCCUGAAUGUCCUGAAAAGAGAAAUCCCAGGAGGAGAUACGUUCAUGCACCUUGGCCUGCAAAAGGCGAAUGAACAAAUUUAUCAUGAGAAUUUUGGCAAAGCAAGUGUGAUUAUUGCAUUAACGGAUGGGGAACUCAAUGAGCAACAACUUGAAUUUGCACAACGGGAGGCUGCCAGAGCCAGAACCUUGGGAGCCAUCGUGUAUUGUGUCGGAGUGAAAGAUUUCAAUGAGACGCAGCUCGCUACCAUCGCAGACACCAUCGAGCACGUGUUUCCUGUGACAGGAGGAUUCCAAGCUCUCAGAGGCGUGAUUGACUCGAUUAUCAGAAAAUCCUGUAUUGAGAUCUUGGCAGUGGAGCCUUCCAGCGUGUGCGCAGGAGAGUCGUUCCAAGUGGUGGUUCGAGGCAACGGCUUUUUGCACGCCCGAAAAAUAGACCAGGUGCUGUGCAGCUUCAAGAUCAACGAUACUGUCACCUUAAACGUACGGCCGGCCGAUAUAGAAGACACGUACAUGCUGUGUCCAGCGCCGAGUAUAAGUGAGGUUGGAAAGGUGGUAUAUCUCCAAGUGAGCAUGAAUGAAGGUCUGUCGUUCAUCACCAGCUCUGUGCACAUCACCACAACCGAAUGUUUUGACGGCACUAUUCUUUUGAUCACCCUCCUGGUCCUGUUCCUGUUGCUGGCGUUGUUGUUCAUGUGGUGGUUCUGGCCCCUGUGCUGCACAGUAGUUAUCAAAGAGCCCCCUCCACCACCACCCCCACAGCCAGAGUCAGACGAUGAGGACGGUAUGCCAAAGAAGAAAUGGCCCACUGUUGAUGCUUCAUACUAUGGGGGACGAGGAGUUGGAGGAAUUAAACGAAUGGAGGUCCGCUGGGGUGGGAAGGGAUCCACUGAAGAGGGCGCCAAGCUGGAGAAACCCAAAAACGCAGUGGUGAAAAUGCCGGAGCAAGAGUUUGAACCCUUUGAACCCAAGCCUAAAAAACACGGAAACAAGAAUGCUCCUCAGAACAGGAAGUGGUACUCCCCAAUUAGGGGUAAACUUGAUGCACUUUGGGCUCUGUUUCGCCGCGGUUACGACCAAGUUUCACUUAUGAGACCACAGCCUGGAGAUCAUGGACGAUGCAUCAACUUCACCAGGGUGAAAGAGGAGGCAGCAAAGGCCCCACCCAGUGCUCAAACCCCACCCCCACCUCCUCCUGACUACUGCCAGGCACCACCUCCUGUAAGUCCACUUCCUCAGUGUCCACCCCCGAAAGCACCCAACGGAGUCCCGGGUCCGCCUCCUUCCCGAGCUCCGCCCACUGCCCCGUGUCCGCCUCCUUCUCGACCCCCUCCCAAACCCUGAGAUCCUACAUUAAGAGCAUCAGUUUGAUUUUUUCCAGCUAAAAUAUGCUCCUCUCACCAAAGAAUAAUACACACAAAAAUAUUUAUCAGCGUCAGAUAGCCUAUAGUAUGUGCUUUGUUGCUGGACAGCAAAAAAAUAAAAAAUAUUGUAACAAUAUCAACAAAUGCAAUAAAGGAAAGAUGCUAAUAUCAACUACUGAAUAUACCACAAGUGACAGAGACAGUUUAGGGUACAUGUUUUUUUUUGCCUCUUAGAAAAGGUUGAAAAAAUAAUCCCCUCAUUUUAAUCACAUUUUAGCUCGAAAAGAGCUGAUAAUAAUAAUAAUAAUAAUAAGGAAACAGUACAAUCAUUCAGGUUCUCGUGCUGUCAGCCCUGAGUCUUUGAUCACACCUUCUCUUGUGAAAAGAUAAAUGAAAAGAUGGGAAAUGGUGAAGAAUGAGAAAUUUUUUAAAACAAAAAAAAGAAUUUUUAAAUCAUUCAUUUACUGCAUAUUCUCUCAGGUUAUCCUUUCGAUCAAAAGAAGAACAUGUAUCGCAAGUUAUGAUCAUGCAAGAAUAAAUGCAAGUUGCACAGAUGUCAUGUGUGUUUAAAGUUUUAUCCAAAGGUUUGUCAGGCCGAGGCUUUUGGUACAUGGCGCAGUUGUAGACGCUGCGCAGGUCUGUUGUCUGCAAUCGAGGCAUUGUUGAGGAACUGUAAGUGUAGAAAUGGAGUCUAUAAAUGGUCCAGAUAUAGCUUUGUUGCAUAAGGUGUGUGUUCUUUGCUUUUUUAUUUUUUUUAUUUUAAAUUUUAAAAAUCUAAUAAUGUUUUCAGCCAGGUCAAUAUUUCACAUCAUAUUUGUAUGUAUCAUGUUCCCACAACUGUACUGUAUUUUUACAAAUGCAUCCUUUGUGUCCUUUUGAAACACCAUUGAACACAUCAUGACUGCAGGGCAGUUGACGGUAUCUAAUUUAUUAUUUCCCCCCAAGCAAGAGUGAGUUACUUGAAUACGACAAGGUGUCCGAUGUAAUAAAAAACAGGACACUGUGCAUGUGAUGAUCCCCCCCACCAAAAAAAAUCUAUGCCCUUUCUAUGCUCCUUUCCUACUUUUUUCUUUUUUUUAUAGGCUACAUACAUUUUUUUUGUAAUUCCCCCAGAUGUUUUUAAUAAGAUCUGUUAAAGUGCCAGUUUUUCUUUUCCGUUUUAAGAUGCACUUUUACAUGUAAAUUUGUUUGAUAAUAAUUAGCUAAACAAGCAAUGUGUUUUUAAUGAUGCAAUUAGAAACCUUUCUCUUAUUAACUCCAAACCACACUUGCUUUUUAUUGGCCUUCUGUUUGACCAGUAUUUGAAAGUAUUAGAUGUACUAUGUCCUACAGGAAUAACACAGCAUCGUAAUAUUGUCUUUCUACUUCGUAUUGCCUAUUAACAGCGAUAUUGAUGCAUAGUGAAAGGCGCAUAAACCGUUGUUUUCUUUUUAUACACUAUUAAUAAAGGUCAUUUUCCAAG